GACUGUGAAGAGAAAGAUUUUGAUUUUCAGGAUGCCUGUAAAGUGGAUUUCUGCUCUGCUGCUGCUACAGAUAAGUUGCUGCUUCAGAUCUGUGAAAUGUGGGAAAGUGUUGGUGUGGCCGAUGGACUUCAGUCAUUGGAUGAACAUAAAAAUAAUACUGGAUGAACUGGUACAGAGGGGCCAUGAAGUCACUGUUCUGAGACCUUCAGCUUACUAUGUUCUUGAUCCCAAAACAUCACCUGGUCUUAAGUUUGAAACUUUUCCUACAUCUGUCAGUAAAGAUGAUCUGGAAAAAUUUUUCAUAAAGAUUUUGAAUUUGUGGACUUAUGAGUUGCCAAGAGAUACAUGUUUGUCAUAUUCUCCUUUUCUGGAAAAUAUGUUUGAUGAAUUAUCUGGUUAUUAUCUAAGUAUUUGUAAAGAUGUUGUUUCAAACAGAGAGCUCAUGACAAAGCUACAGGAAUCCAAGUUUGAUGUCCUUUUGUCAGAUCCGACUGCUUAUGGUGGAGAGCUGAUCGCUGAAUUGCUCCACAUACCUUUUCUGUAUAGUAUUCGCUUCACUGGAGGCUACAAAAUUGAAAAAUCCAGUGGAGGAUUUCUACUCCCUCCCUUUUAUGUGCCUGUAAUUCUGUCAGGAUUAGGUGGCCAAAUGACAUUCAUAGAGAGGGUAAAAAAUAUGAUAUGCAUGCUUUAUUUUGACUUUUGGUUCCACGUGCCUAAUGAUAAGAAAUGGGAUUCACUUUACAGUGAAUAUUUGGGUAAGUUACAUUUUUUUUCUCAGUUGCUUGAAUACCUAAGUUUCACAACUUUCAUUUUGCCAGAGGAAAAUGUUGAGCAGGAUAUGGAAGAAUAUGUCCAGAGCUCUGGAGACCAUGGUGUAGUGGUCUUUUCUCUUGGGUCAAUGUUUAGUAACAUGACAGAAGAAAAAGCCAACACAAUUGCAUGGGCCCUUGCCCAGAUUCCACAAAAGGUUCUUUGGAAAUUUGAUGGCAAAACCCCAGCAACUUUAGGACCCAACACGAGAGUGUACAAGUGGCUCCCCCAGAAUGACCUCCUUGGUCAUCCAAAAACCAAAGCCUUUAUAACUCACGGUGGGACCAACAGUAUCUAUGAGGCAAUCUAUCAUGGAAUCCCUAUGAUUGGCAUUCCUUUGUUUGGAGAACAGCAUGAUAACAUUGCCUAUAUGGUGGCCAAAGGAGCAGCUGUUACAUUGAAUAUCAGAACAAUGUCAAGGUCAGAUGUGCUCACUGCACUGGAGGAAGUCAUAGUAAAUCCUUUCUAUAAAAAGAAUGCUAUGUGGUUGUCAACCAUUCACCAUGACCAGCCUAUGAAGCCCCUGGACAGGGCAGUCUUCUGGGUUGAGUUUGUCAUGCGACACAAAAGUGCUAAGCACCUGAGACCACUUGGACAUAACCUGACCUGGUACCAGUCCCACUCUCUGGAUGUGAUUGGCUUCCUACUUGCUUGUGUUGCAGGCACUGUGGUUCUUACUGUAAAGUGCCUCUUGUUCAUUUACCGAUUCUUUGAAACGAAAGAAAAGAAUAUGAAGAAUGAGUAGAGUUAAUUGUCAAUGCACUACAUGAAUGAACUUUCAGCCUCAUUCUAAAUUAUGAACCACCUUUUAAACACUGAUUUGACUCUUUUUUAAUCAAGGCACAUCUUCUUUAUAAAUUCUACCUUGUAAGAAGACAUAUAAAUCUGUGAAUACUGAUACAUUUUCAAAAAUCACAUCUUUUUUUAAAUUUCAAACUAAUGUAAAAAAUUGUAUUGUAGAAAAAUGGAAAAAAAUAAAGAUGUA